AAAAAAAAAAAAAAAUGUCCUUCUUUGCAAAGCGACAAACCGCAAGUUCAUCAUCAAGUGUAGCUGCGGCAGCAGCAGCAGCAGCCGCUGCUCAAAAACCUUGGAUCGAGAAAUACCGUCCAAAAACUAUGGACGAUAUCAGCUCUCAAGAACAGGCUGUUGCUGUUCUCAAAAAGACAAUGGAGUCGCAGAACUUGCCUCACUUGUUGUUUUAUGGACCACCAGGAACAGGAAAAACCUCGACCAUUCUAGCCCUCGCUAGAGAUAUCUAUGGCCCCGAAAUGAUUGGGUCGCGUGUGUUGGAACUUAAUGCCUCUGAUGAGCGUGGAAUUCAGGUUAUUCGUGAGAAGGUCAAGAAUUUCGCGCGAUCAACUGUCACUCAUAACAUUGGCAAUCAAACUUGUCCUCCUUACAAGAUUAUUAUUCUGGAUGAAGCUGAUUCGAUGACUUCGGAUGCACAAUCAGCACUUAGGAGAACGAUGGAGACAUAUUCAAAGCUGACUCGGUUUUGCUUGAUCUGCAAUUACGUCACACGUAUUAUCGAACCCCUGGCCUCACGUUGUGCCAAAUUCCGAUUCAAACCAUUAGAGGAAAUGCACAGCAAGGAACGGUUGGGGAUGAUCUGUCAACAGGAGAAUGUAAAGAUUACACCAGAGGCUACCCUUAGUUUGGUCAGGAUUUCGGAAGGAGAUUUACGCAAGGCCAUUAUGUAUCUUCAGAGCGCAUCACGUUUAGUGGGCAAGGAUGGUGAAAUCGAUAUAGAUGUCAUAGCAGAUAUCGCAGGUACUGUACCUGAAUCGAUCAUUGAUAGUCUGGAAGCAUGCUGGCGUACCAAGGACUAUAGCAAAAUUUCACUUGAAGUUCAGAACGUAGUUGCGGAUGGACAUUCUGCUGCAAAGGUACUGUCUCAACUUCAAGGAAGACUAUUGAAGAACGACAUGUUGAAUUCGAUACAGAAGGCCAAGAUUGCGGAGGUUUUUGGUGAUAUGGAUAAGGCCCUCUGUGAUGGAGCAGACGAGCAGUUGCAGUUGCUGAAUAUGAUGACCCGUGUAUCGACAAUUGCUGCAUAGAAUACACC